UGUGUGCACGCCACCCUCUGUCCCCACAGCAGGAGCUCAUUGACAGCAUCAGUCGCAAGCUGCAGGUGCUUCGGGAAGCCCGGGAGAGCCUCCUGGAGGACAUGCAGGCCAACGGUGCCCUUGGGAACGAGGUGGAGGCCAUUGCCAAAGAUGUCUGCAAGCCCAACGAGUUUGACAAGUUCCGGAUGUUCACUGGACCUGGNGACCUGGACAAAGUGGUGAACCUUCUGCUGUCGCUGUCCGGCCGCCUGGCCCGCGUGGAAAAUGCCCUCAAUAAUUUGGAUGACAGUACUUCUCCUGGUGAUCGGCAAUCACUGCUCGAGAAGCAGCGGGUGCUCAUCCAACAGCACGAGGACGCCAAGGAACUGAAGGAGAACCUGGACCGCCGGGAGCGCAUCGUGUUCGACAUCCUGGCCAGCUACCUCAGCGAGGACAGCCUGGCGGACUAUGAGCAUUUCGUGAAGAUGAAGUCCGCCCUCAUCAUCGAGCAGCGGGAGCUGGAAGAUAAGAUACACUUGGGCGAAGAGCAGCUGAAGUGCUUGUUCGACAGCCUUCAGACCGAGAGAGGCAAAUAAGAGGGGCCCUCCCUGGCGGAGGACAGAAACGGGCCCCGGGAGCCCCGUUCCUGAGGAUGCAAGUAGAAACCCCAGCCUGUAUUCAUCUCCCGUAGCAGGAGGGCUGUUAGGAGAGCAAUAACUUCCGUGUGUGUUUGCGAUGGUUUCUUUAAUUUCUUGGCUUCCUUUUUGAAUGUGGAGCAGAAUG